UUGCGGUGAGCUAGCUUUGUACAAGGUGUUUCUCUGUGCGUGUACUGAAGCGGGUGCUACGGAGUUUCAUUUGUAUGAAACUCUAUGCUAAGAAGUAUGUGCACAGUGUCAAGCUUCAGUGCGACACGAUCGACUGUCGGCAAUAGUUGCCCAGCAUUACGCAUGGCUUGCAGUGAUGCCGCCGCCGACGAAAUUGCGGACGCUUUCCUCGCCAUCGAACAGCAGCAAAGCGAACUGCUCUCCCACAUUCCGUACGGCUCCAAAGUUUCCCACGUGUACAAUCCCCUGGAAUACGCCCGCGAAACGCACGAGUGCUACGUGCGUAAAUACUGCAGGACCAGAAAGACCGUGCUGUUUCUUGGCAUGAACCCUGGCCCCUUCGGCAUGGCCCAGAACGGGGUGCCAUUUGGCGAUACUGCACACGUCGUUGGUUGGCUGGGGAUCCAAGGCCACGUAGCCAAGCCAAAGCAUGAGCAUCCUCGAAGGCCCGUGUUGGGCCUUGGCUGCACCAGAAGUGAGGUGAGCGGCCAUCGCUUCUGGGGCCUUCUUCGGGAGAUCACUGGUGGUGGGGAGCUGCUUCGAGGUCCCUGGUUUGUGCACAACUACUGUCCCCUCGCGUUCCUGCUGCCAUCCGGUGCCAACCUGACACCCAACAAGCUACGCCUCGAAUCCCGCCAGCAUCUUCAGGCUAUAUGUGACGCAGCCCUAUUGUCAGUCUUGGAGCUGCUGAGACCAGAGGCCGUCGUGGGCAUAGGAUGCUAUGCUAGGGACAGGGCCCUGUCAGCAAUUUCUGCAAGCUGCUUUGAGCCCCCUCGUGUGCUCUGCCUCACCCAUCCAAGCCCUGCCAGCCCAAAAGCAAACCGUGGCUGGCAUACACUCGCCAUUUCGGAGCUGCAGUCCUUUGGACUAAUUUCGGCCGACGUUGCAAACAGGGCCAGUGCAGAACUCUGUCCCGCUUCAAAAACUACUUAGUAAACCUGUUAUGACUUCACCGAUAUCCUUCAACUGCCAAGUGGUGCAAAUUUGCAACAUACCAAUAAAACCAAAAAAAAAUCUUGAGCAAGCAA